AUGAAUUUUGAUGAGGAAGUAGAAGGAGAGGAGAAGCAAACGAUUUGGAAUGGACAUGAGGGAAAAAUUGAUUCUCCGGGUUCCUCUUCCGACGCUACUCGGAAAAAACAGUCUUCAAGGACAUCAAGUGCCUCUAAAGCUUUAUAUGCCGAAUCACCACAGUCCCCACAAUCCUCGCCACUACGUCAUAAACCAAAUUCUACGAUGAGAGGUCGUCGACGUUUAUUAGCCACAAAUGGGCGUUCCAACAGACGUUCCGCUAGAUUAUCCUCUGGAGGAGUCGUUCCAGGCCUGUCGGUUGUUAGGGCACCACAUUCGCCUUUACAUGUGAAGAUAACCAGAAGUGAUGAGGUCAACAGUACACCAACAGACCGCAAAGGAGCAAGGCCUGGAAAGGUGACUUCCGCAGAUAAACGCAGUCCUAGUAAACUUUUGAAGAUUCCCGGUAUGCAGAACUUUCGGCACGGUCGGCAAUCAACCAUCAUUAAACAAAUCACUAACAAGUACCGAAUAAUGGCUGAAAAGAAACGUCUUACGGGAGAUACUGCGGACCAUUAA